AUGGAGAGAGAAAUCAGGAGUCGAAGUAUAGCCUCUCAAGGGACGGGUCGGAUGGCGUCCAUAUCGGAUCGGACCCUCAAACCCGAUCCAACUAAAAGCCCUAACGAGGAAGAUGGAGCCCAGUUUCAAGAUUAUGCCAAUGAAUUCAACCGAGAAGAGGUCAAUGUGCUAUCACUACAGAGCGGCGUACGACCUGACUAUCCAUACAAGCCAUUCGAGUACCAUCUUAGCUCGAUAUCCCCAAAAGAAAUCAAUUUCAGCAUAAUCUCCUCUGAAAACACGCGCGUAAUUUGUUCCCUCGUGAUUGCAAUCCUUGUAGUCUUGUCCCACGUCAAUCUCCCGCAUAAUGUCGUCGAGUCCAAUAGCCUCAUAGCCUAUCGGCCUUUGUACGCGCUUUUGUUGACCGACAUGUUGCUAGUGGCCGCACGAUUGGCACUUUACUCGGAAGGUAAAGAGGUUGAUGAUAAAGAUGCGGAAUUGGAAGGACUCGGUGGCCAUAAUGAUAACAAUAAGAAGAAAAAUAUCGGUGAUAAUAAUUGGGAUGGAGCCGUCAAGCUGCUCGAGUGGGGACUCGUUCUGCAUCAGACUGUUCGUGCUGUGUUUAUCGAUUGUAGCUUUUAUGUUGCAGUGGUUGUAUGUGGGCUUUCUCUAGUGUAA